AUAAACAGUCAUUUGUAAUAGUAGACACUUCUUAAUCAUGGUAAACCACAAGUAAAUUACUCUCUUAAACCAUUCUAGAGGUCAUUGAAAUCAAAAUGAUGCAAAUUAACAUUACAAUCAACCAGAAAUUUGCAUCAAUUAGGUUUAACAAAAUUAACUUACCUCGAGCAGGAGGUGAGUCGGCUGGUGGGAGAUGUUGCGGACUGUGGAGGUGAGAUGGCUGGAGCAGGGCAGUGGUUGGGGGAGAUGUUGCGGCAGGAGUAGGGCUGCAGGGGCUGCUUGCGACGAUGGCGGGGAGCAGAAGCAACGAUGGCGACUGGCGAUGGCGCUGCUUGCGGUGAUUGCGAGCUGCUUGCGCCGGGAGCGGGGAGAAAAAGCGACGAUGGCGACUGGCGAUUGGCGAUGGCGCGCUGCUUGCGGCGACGGGACGGAAGCGCUGGGGUCCUGGGGCGAUGGUUGACGGCGGUAGGGUGGCGCCGCCCUCCCUCUAUCGUCUGUUCUACUUCUAGGUCGAAGAUGGAGAAAUAAAAGGAAAGUUAGGGUUUUGUUUGGCUGCCCAAUUCCACGAUUCCUUUUCUAUUUUUUUUAGGGUAAACCAAACGGCCGAACCGCGCGACCGGCUUGAGCGGCUCGAGCGGUUAACCGCUUCGGCCGCUCGCCGACCGUUGUAUAAAACCGUGGCGGUUAAAUAGCUGAUCCGAGCCGGUUUUAUGGUCGGGUGGCGGCUUUGGCGGUCCGGCCGGCCGGCUCGGUUCGGCUUUGACAGCACUGGGAUAAGGGAUGAGAUUAGGUGCUAAUUCUUAUAGGGGUUAGCACCGUGAUAACUAGUAAAAAACGCUACUAAAA